CACUUUCUUUCACUUCUUUCAUAAAACAAAAAAAAAUGACCAUCAAAGUUGGCGACAUCAUUCCUGACGGUACCUUGCAGUACGUUCCCUACGACCCCAGCGAGUCAUUGGAAGCCUGUCCUCGUCCUUUGCCAUACAAGAUUCACGAAAAGUUAAAGGGCAAGAAGGCAAUCAUCUUUGCUAUUCCCGGUCCAUUCACACCCACCUGCUCUGAGGAACAUGUUCCCGGUUUCAUCCAGGCUGCCGAUGCAUUGCACGCCAAGGGUGUCAGCGACAUCGUCUGCUUGUCUGUUGUGGACGGAUUCAUCAUGAACGCUUUCGGCAAGGUCACCGGUAGCAAGGACAAGGUCAUCAUGGCUGGUGACGGAAGCGCCACCUUCUCCGCAGCAUUGGGCUUGACGCAGGACUUGUCUCAGGGAGGCAUGGGUGUUCGCUCCAAGCGCUUCGCCAUCUUGGUUGACGACUUGAAGGUCACCUACGUGGGUGUCGAGGAGGCCAGAGGCGUUACCGUCUCGGGUGCCAAUGCUGUCAUGGCCAAGCUUUAAAGUCCAUUUUAUAAAAUAAAAAAGGAGCUGUGCUUAUAUUCCCCCCACCACCACACCCUCCCUCUUUAUUCUGCUCGGCAGCGGUAUGGAUUGUGAGGGCGAGAUACAUACAAUUUCGUAUUUUAGAGUGGAGCAUGCUGUUCCGAUUGC